CUGUCGAUGUCGAUCGAAAUGUGUUGAAUGAAUUACUUCUUGCUUCUAUUGUAAACCUACGAAAUAUAAAUUCCUUUAGGGUUCUUCUGUUCUUCAAUUUUUUUAUUAUCGUUUCGUUGUAAUUUGUAGUAGUAAUCUGCAGCGUUAGCUCAUAACAAUAAUAGCAAGAGAAAUGGGUAAAGAUGGUGCUGAAAUACCCGAAGAUGCCAAUGAACAUUGCCCGGGGACUCAAUCGGAAUCAGCUGGAAAAUCUGAUGCUUGUGAAGGAUGCCCUAACCAGGAGGCUUGUGCUACUGCCCCCAAAGGACCCGACCCAGAUUUGGUCUCCAUCGUCGAAAGAAUGGCAACAGUAAAGCACAAAAUACUGGUAUUGUCAGGAAAAGGCGGAGUUGGCAAGAGUACAUUCUCUGCUCAACUUUCUUUUGCCCUAGCGUCCAUGGAUUUUCAAGUGGGCCUACUCGAUAUCGAUAUCUGUGGACCAAGCAUCCCCAAAAUGCUUGGUCUAGAAGGACAGGAGAUACAUCAGAGCAACCUUGGAUGGUCUCCUGUCUAUGUCGAGUCAAACCUUGGUGUAAUGUCCAUCGGUUUCAUGCUCCCCAAUCCAGACGAUGCUGUCAUAUGGCGGGGUCCGCGUAAGAACGGAAUCAUCAAGCAGUUUCUCAAGGACGUGUAUUGGGGCGAACUCGACUUUCUCAUAGUUGACGCGCCACCUGGCACUUCCGACGAACACAUUUCCAUAGUUCAAUUUUUACAGGCGACUGGAAUAGACGGUGCUAUCAUAGUCACUACACCACAGCAGGUGUCUCUUAUAGACGUUCGAAAAGAAGUGAGUUUCUGCAAGAAAGUUGGGCUACCGGUUUUGGGUGUCGUCGAGAAUAUGAGUGGGUUUUCUCAACAAUUGUCGGAGUUUAAAUUCAUGAAUGUGUCGGCGAGUGGUGAGCAGAAAGAUAUGACAGAAUCGGUUAUUGCGUAUAUGAGAGAGAACGCUCCGGAAAUGCUGAAUUUGAUUGCUUUUAGUGAGGUGUUUGAUACUAGUGGUGGUGGUGGUACUAAAAUGUGCAGGGAUAUGGAGGUUCCGUUUCUUGGGAAAGUUCCUUUGGACCCACAGCUGUGUAAAGCAGCCGAAGAAGGAAGAUCUUGCUUUGUUGAUGGAAAAUGCAAGGUGAGUGCACCUGCUCUCAAGGCAAUUAUAGACAAGCUUUUGUUGACAAUGCAGGUUUCAAGAAUGGAUGAUGGAGCCUAAGUUUAUUGCUCGAUUUCAAGAAUCGAAGUGGUGUGACAGAAAAUUUUGUUUCGUAAUCUUAAUUUCGUCGAUAUACUUUCUAAGUUUUGAUAUUUGAACAGUGGGGAAUGGUUUAUUCAGAAAUGUAUGUGUGAUCAGUUUUGUUAUUGAUUGUUUGAUUGUUAGCUUAAGAAGAAACCAGUUACCAAUAAUAUAUUCUAGCUUUCAUUUUACA